AUGAUAAUAUUGAGUGCAAUAUUCUUUUACGUGCUAUCAGGAUAGACAUACUUGAGUAAUGAUUAUUUGAUGCGUAUUACUGUAAUAACUUAGCAUGUCUGGAGUCAUUAUCUACGAAAUGGCAUCUUAGUGAAACAGGAACAGGCAUUUUGAUGGCUUUAGGAAUGUCGAUACCUGAAUUGACAACUAAUAUUUUAUCUUGUUUUUCAUCAUCUAGAAUUGGUUAUGGAUUUGGAGCUAUAGUUGGAAGUGGUGUUUUUGGUAUUAAGUUUAUUUUUAUCAAAAGACUUUACUGUUUGUUUUGGAUUGAUGUCUCUCUUUUCUAAUUAUUAUCAUAAAAAGGCUUUGAGAAUGAAUUUAAAAGCUUUAAUGAGAGAUAUUUAUGUUUAUUUGCUUACUCUACUAUUUUUAACUUUCGUAUUUUGGGAUUAUGAAGUAUAUAAUCAUAUCAAUUAAAAUAGAUAUCUCUUACUGAAGCAUUAAUUCUUACAUUAUUCUAUCCAUCUUAUUUAUUAUAUUCUAUAGUUUAAAUGGAUUAAAAAGAUGACUUUUAACUUUCUCACUAGAAACAUCACUUUCCUACUUUAUUGUAAUUCCUUGAUUUUCAUCCUGAAUAAGUAGAAGAUUUAGAUGUGGAUGGAUAAGAAAUUGGAGAUGAGAAAUCUGAUGAAACAGAAUAAGAAAAUUAAUAACCAUCCAAAAUAUUAUUACCUUUUACAUUACUUUUUAAAUUUACAAUUCCAAAACAUCCAGAAUUUGCCUUUAUUAUUAUUUCUUUUUAUUGUUUUCUUACUGUAAAUGUAACAAUGACUGUUGUUGAUGAAUUUGUGGAAUAGUUUGCAGUAAGUCCUGCAUUUGUUGGCUUAACUAUUGCUAGUUGGGGAGGAAAUAUUCAAGGUCAUUUAAUUAUUAUUAUUAAUCAUAGAUAUAUUAAAUGCUUCACUUGCUGCUAAAAACAAAAAAACUGAGUUAGCUACUUCAAGUAUUAUUGGCAGUUAAAUCAUGAAUUUAUAAAUAUGCUUAGGAUUUCCUUGGGUUCUUACAAUGUUAAUUUGGUAAAGAAAUAUUACAUUUUAUGAUGAAACUAUAUCACAAUCUAUGUUGGCCAUCAUGACAGUUGUUUUAGUUUCUUUCUUUUUAAUGUUAUAACAAAAAUUAAGAUUAACUUAUAAAUUAGGAGCAAUGUUAUUAAGCAUAUAUAUUCUGUAUUUUAUUUAUGAAUUACUAUAAUAAUGA